CUCCCCUGCGCCUUAAAACCCCGCUCGGACCGGGGCGCCUGCAGUCUCCCGUCCCAGCGGAGCGUCCCCGCCGCACCCCACCCGCGACGCUCGCUGAGCGCCCCGCCGGCCGCGCAGGAUGGUGGUGUGCGGCCUCGCCUGCUGGAGGUGCAGGUGGCUCCUGCCACUGCUGCUGGGCCUGGCCAUCAUCAUGGGCAUCAUCGCCCUGGCGGGCCGGGGGUGGCUGGAGUCCGAGUCGGAGCCCUACGUGCAGCAAGCGUCGCUGUGGGAGAGCUGCACGCGGGGCGAGGAGGACCUCAACUGGAACUGCGAAUCCCUCAUGGACUACGGCUGGGGGAGAGCAGCAGCUGCCACAUACCUCGUUGGCUUUGUGAUUCUGGUCAUCUGUUUCGCUCUUGCAGUCAUCGCGUUCUCGAUCGAGAUACUCCGCUUCAACUUUGUGCGAGGAAUUGGAGGCUUGCUCUUUGUUGUAGCUGCAUUCCAGAUCAUUGGCUUGGUCAUUUACCCAGUGAAAUUCACGGAAGAUAUUCUACUGACAGGAGAUAAUAUGUUCAGCUGGGCCUAUGGCUUUGGUUGGGCCAGCACUGUCGUCGUUAUAGGUUGUGCUUUCUUCUUCUGCUGCCUCCCCAACUGGGAAGAUGAAGUCCUGGGAAACAUCAAGCCUACCUAUUACUACUCCUCCCCAGAGAGAGCACCAUACUUAAAUUGAAAGAUUAAGUCCGAGUACAGUCAACUGUCAAAACAACAGAGGAGUACCUAUGAUGUACAUCCGAUGUGAUUGUAGGAGACUGGAAAAAACCACCUUAUUUCACCAGACUAUUUUUUACUAUCCCUGGCAAUAAAUUAGGAAAAACACUGGCAUCUUUAAGCAAAUAACUUUUACCUAAAGUAUUCAGUUAUGUAUUCUCAUGUCAAUUCUGUUUGGGUGGUUUACUUGCUCCUUCCCUUCCCAACUAAUUAUUCAAACAUUUGCUUAUGAAUAAAGAGGAUUGUGUUUCAAGUGUAGAAAGGAAGAGGAUAGAUUUUAAACAACCCAUUAGGGGGUCCUGCAAGAUAUUUUUUUUCAUCUCUGACAAAAUUACAUUAAACGGACCUAGAAAAAAAGCAGCCUUCCAAAGAAUGUUUUUCUUCCAUCAAAGUCAGUCCCAAGGAAGGAACUUCCCUGAGACUGUCAUGGUCACCUGUCACCUAAAAAUCUUUUCUUGUUUCUGUUACUGUACUGUUACUGAUUAAAAGCUAUUUGAAUUAAGGGGAAAAUUAAAUUAAAAUUUAUUUUCCACCAAUUGAUGCUGUUAGACAGAGAUCUCCUCUAAAGCAUGGAGCUGGUGGGUAACAGUGGCUAAUGUAACAUUGGUGGGUUUGUGGCCACAGCAGGACUUGUGAUGGAGUCACAGAUAUGUGUUUAAUAUAUAUUGUCAUAGAGACAAUCAAUAAAAUUUCAGAUGUUAAAACUACGUAUAUUUUUACAUGGUAUUUUAGGGAUGCUGGUCUAGAAAAUAUCUUUGAGUAGAAACAUAAACUGUUCUACUUGUCUACCUUUUUAAAACUGCAGUGUUUUAAUUAUCAGUGUACUUUGGAGGGAAAUCUUAGCAUAAGGUAUCUGAAAACCUCCAAACGUUUGUAACACUGUAGGUACCUCAGUUUAGUAAACUUGGGGCUAUUGCAUGAGUCACUAGGGGUAACAGGCAAAAAUAGAUAAGCAGUUCUGUGAGCAAUUUAUGUAUGCAAACUUCAUACAGACAUCUGUGUCGGAGUAAUCUGGCUGGCUCCUAGUUUGUGUUUCUGCAGUCAGCAAUUCCAAAUAAGUAUUCUGGCAAAGCAGAGCUGUGUCUGUGUUGGCCAUGGACUGCAGCAGCUUACAGCAGAUUUAAUUAUGGUCUAUAAUCUUUAUCAGGGCUUUCUUCAUCUGGGGAAGAAGGAAGAAACUUAUUUUGUGAGCUUUUCCUCCAGCUUUGGGAGAAGCAGCUCUAGCAAAGACAGACUGAGGGGGGUACAGGUAGGGUGGAAAGCAAAGGUUGUGUAUUACUUUGUUACUUCUUGCUCUCAUGAACCCAGUACUUAGGGGAGGGUAAGUGUAUGGGUAUGUGUAUUCAUGGACAUGUACAAAAUAGAACUUAAAAAGCAUUAACCAACAUACUGUAAAGCUAAAGUAAUUUACAACUAAUAUUUUACAAUGCCCAGUAUUUCUUGUACUAUAUGUUUUAUAGCUUUCCAUUUUGUAACACCUUUUUUAACUUGAUAAUACUAUAUAUUGAAUGUGAUCCUGUUUUGGAAAAGUCAUGUGACUCCUGAAGGUCCCUCCAAGGCCUGUAUUUUAUAAUUUUACAGAGCAUAAAUGUCUGCAGACUUAAGAAUUGUGUUAUGAGCUCAGUUCUGGCAUAUACAAUCAAGUGUAUUUGUGAUUCUUUCUGAACAAGAGAAUUCUGUGACAAAUGUGUCCCUUUAUUUUUUUUUUGUUUUCUGUAUACAGUACUGGCUGUUGGGGAAUAUUGUGUAGACUUACCUGUAUCAUAAGUAAUGAUAGUAAUUACUUCUAUCAAAUUCAAAACACAGCAGAGAAUCCCAAGUCUGGAAAAUUCUUGUACAGCUAAAGCUGAGAAGGAGGUAAAAAAAAUGUAAGAAAAUGGACACCUUUCCUAAUGAGAGGGAGGAUGGUAUGGUAGUCAGGUUUAGCAUAAUUUCAGUCUUUUGUAUGCUUUCUUAUAAGCAUCGUUGUAACUUGUCAAAAAAGCACAGAUAUAAAAUAAACUUGGCUCUGAAUGUACUGGGAGUGGUAGAAGCACAACCAGCAUGUUACACAAUUAAGAUGUUCCAGAGAAAGCUAUUGCAAAUAGUCAUUAAUUACUUUGAAGUGAUACUAAUGUAUAUGACACUCCUUUCAAAUGUGGUGGCUUAAUUAAAAAUGUUUUAACUUA